AUGAUCCUUCCUUCCCUCGAUUUUCCUCAAAGCGCCUACUGGAUACCGGAUGAGUCACAUCUCAAGAGAUCACGACGAACCAUGGUUCGUCGUUCGACCUCGACUCGCCCAGUCCACAGCCAAAUGGAUGUUCUGGAGGAAAUGAAAAAAAUUCCAAACCUGAUAGGUGACUACGUUUGCCAGCUGUGUUGCAAAUGGUUUCCUAAUGCACUGGCCUUGGCAGACCAUCCUUGCUCAAGGAUAGCCUGCGUAACCUAUCCAUGUGGAACUUGCGGUAAGGUAUUCAACUGUCCCGCCAAUCUAGCCUCCCAUAGACGGUGGCAUCGGCCAACAUCGGGUCAGUCACAAAAAUCCAAACAGACUCUCGGUGUCUCUACAGCUGAAAUCUCAAAUCAUAAUCGACUGGAAAUCGGAAAACCAAACGAGUGCACCAAAGAACGUCAGUCCAACAUUUAUCGAGAUCCGCAGCGUGGUGGGAUGAAUUCUUGUGAAUGUAUAAAUAUCUCCUUCAAAGCCAACAAACCCUUCCGUUUGGAGCGUGAUAAGGUCAAACCUGUUGAUCCGUUCUCUGUAGAAGCCUUACUUGCAUGA